CUUAGCUCCGCCUGGAUAUAACUGCUUCCUGGCGUCAGUCUCCUGACCCAUACUUCUGAUAAGAAACCACUCCGGUAAUGCCGGGGGAUUAAACAAGUAUCGGUGAACAAGUUUAAGGUUUUUCUCUUUAUAAUGACAGAUGACGGGACGGCUGCCGGGAAACACGCGUAGCUAAUUCCUCCCCAUCAAAUGCAGUCAAAUCUGAAACCUGACUGGCCCGCGACUUCUAACUCGGGAAAUAACCAAGGAAACUUGAACACCGCCAUGGAUGCUUCCCAGUAUCCAGGUUACCCUUCACAUUACUGGUAUCCACAGUCUCAGUCCAUUGGCCACUAUACAAACGCAUAUGGCUCUGGGUCAGAUGUUCAGCCACAGUACAAUCCACAGGUGAUGCCUGGAGGAUAUCCUAAUGGUCAUGGAGUCUACAGUGCUGGACAAAACCAAUAUCCAGCAGGGGGUUUCCAUCCAUCCAACCCGUUCUACUGUGCUGACCCUCCAAGGAGCUCCUACCCAAACCAAGGCUGUCCGGCUGAUCAGAGUGCUGCGCCUCCUGGGCAACCACACACUCAGCAUCAUCAUCAUUAUUCUGGUCCACAAUGUCAAGGGGGUCCUGGAUACCCAUCUGGACCCUACCCACACUACAGUGAAGGUGGACAUGCGGUGCCUCCCAAUCCUCCAUAUCCUACCGGGCAGCCUAUUCAUCAUCCCAGCCCUCAGGGCGAUGCCUGGGGGCACACGGCUCCAUACGCUCCCUCUCAGCAGCAGUGGCACCAAGGGCAGCCGCCCUCACAAAACCACUAUGUCCGCCCUGCACACCCUCCAGCGUGGCCAGGAACAGGAACCGGUGCUCCACCUCCUUAUCAGCCGAAGGAGCAACUGCACCAGCGAAACCCUCAGGUGGAACCUAAACCCAGGCCAGCACCCUCUCCAAAUCCCCCCAACGGAAAACCUGCUGAAAUAAGUUCUCCUCCCCAGAUUUACAGCAAAGCCGGGCGAAGUGAUCCCAAUCCUUCUCAAACUGAUCCCCAACCAGCGGCUGCUCAGGCUGCACCUCAGCCUCUGAGCGGCAACCCCGGGCUAGCUAAGGUCCAGCAGGUCAUGGCCAGGGUUCAGCUGCUUCAGGAAGACGUGGAUGAGUUUGUUGGGAGAAAAACAGACAAGAGUUACCGGUAUCUGGAGGAACUGCUGACCAAAGAGCUGCUGGAGCUGGACUCUGUGGAGACUCAGGGACAGGACAGUGUUCGACAGGCCCGCAAAGAGGCGGUGCAGAGAAUUCAGGCCAUUCUGGACCGGCUGGAGAAGAAGGCCUUCUAAAGUGGACUUUGUCUGCCUGUUGAUCACUUAUUCUUGUUUUUCUUCACUUAGAUCUUCCAUGGAAAAAUUGAGGGUUCAGUCUCCUUCUGCAGAGAUGUAACAAUGUUUCCUUACAAAAUGUCAUAAUUUAGAGAAAAUGACAUAGACCCCAAGUAAAGAUGCAAUUUUGAUCUAAAUAUUAAACCUCCUUUGAGGAGUGGUUUUGCCUACAGCAUAAAACUUGUCCAUCAUAAGUGACUUUCAGCCUCUGUGAGUGACUGAGCUCGCUACGCGUCCCGAUACUCUGGCUCAACACAUCUUUACGUCACGCCCUCACCAACAUGGCGUCCUGCUACACAGCAGCUGUUAAUGUUUAUUAAGUCAUUACACAUUUAGAACAUUGUCUGGAUUUGUGGUCCGAUAUCAUUGGAUCAUUCUUGGAGCAAAACACACCCUUUCUCAGCUGAUAAUCAGAACAUCUGCAUGGUCAUACUGUUGUCCCCUCCUGUGGCGCCGUCUCUGCAGCAGUUGUUGCAGUGGUUCUUUUAAUCUCUCAGCCUUGCAUGCACUGUAGUGUCAGAUAAGCAGUCUCAGCCUAUCACUCAGCCCAUACUGUAGCAGAUUAUUGAAAACCCCCUAAAGAUCGCUGUCCUCAUUACUUUUGCCGUGGCAGUGGAGUCGUACAAUUAAGACCUACAUGUGAAUUCUAUGUAUUUCAUUCUAGAAGCUAAGGAUAAUAAUUACUUUUAAAAGUAGAUUUUUUUCAUACUCUCUUUUAAAGUAAAAAUAUGAAGCUUUAAAUAUUUCAAUCAAGGUUUAUCCUUAAAGGCAGUGUUGAGUACACCAGUAUGCACAAAGGUUAAGUUGGUUUAUUUGUCUAGAGCAGUGAUUCCCAACCGGGGGAACUCGUACCCCUAGUGGUCCGUAAGUGCAUUGCAAGGGGUACAUGAAAAUGUUUAAUUUCUUAGGUAGUAGAAUAAAAUGGAUCUGUGAUCUA